AUAUUUAUAUACUUUUUCUUCUAAUAUGAAUUUAAGUAUUUUCAGUUUCUGUACUUUGUGAUCAUAUAAUUUAUUAUAUAUUAUUUAAAAAAUGCGCAUUGCUGUUGUGGGUGCUGGUAUAAUUGGCAUGACCUCGGCGGUGGCAAUAAAAAACGCUUUUCCAGACGCCGAUGUAACAGUUUUCGCAGAGGUAUUUUCACCAGAAACCACGGGUGAUGGAAGUGCCGGACUUUGGGGUCCAUUUGUACUUGGAGAUACUCCUGACAAGGAUAUUAUGCGAUGGUCUGGAGCCACUCACAAGUGGAUGGAGGAUUUCUGGAAAAGUCCGUUGGCAUUUGAAGUUGGGAUUUCUCUGGUUCAUACAUUUAGAUUCACAAAUGAUCCGAAAGGUUACCCAAAGCCAUACUGGUCUGAUUUGGUUUAUGGCACCCAGGAAUUGCAAAUUGAAGAUUUAGAGAGAAUUAAUAAGGAGUAUACAAGCAAUUACAGUGGUGGGUGCCAUUUUUUAACGUAUACAUGCGAGUCCAUGAAAAUGUUGCCAUGGUUAAUGAAGAAAUUUCAGUCUCAGGGAGGAAAAAUUAAAAAGAGAAAAGUACGUACGCUAGAAGAGCUUAAAAAAGAGCAAUACGUUACGGUCGUAAAUUGCAGCGGACUAGGGGCGAGAGAACUUGUUGGUGAUCCUUUGGUCACGCCUGUCAGAGGACAAAUAUCCCGGCGGAAAAUCGCUAAGUUUCAAAAAACAGUGUGCACCUGUGCACCUAAUUACUGUCCGAAAAGGUGUUCUGCAGAUUCUUUUGGAAUAGUGGAUUUCAACGAGGGAAUUGGACUCACUGCUGUUUUGGCUCUGCCAUUGAGUUUAGGUGAAGCGAUAGCUUAUGCAAAAGUACGACGAUCAAAAACGUUCAUUAUCAAGCCUGAUACAGGAUGUCAAGGACGAGGAAUUUACCUGACUAAAAACUUGAAAGAUGUAAAACCUUAUGAUCGAUUAAUAUGCCAAGUUUACAUAUCUAGGCCUUUCUUGAUAGACGGUUUCAAAUUCGAUCUCCGAGUUUACACUUUGAUAACGUCGUGCGAUCCUCUUAGAAUUUAUAUUUACAAUGAUGGACUGGUUAGAUUUGCUACAAGUAGGUACAAAGAACCAACCAGCCACAAUACAUCAAAUGUUUUUAUGCAUUUGACCAAUUAUGCAGUUAACAAGCACAGUCGAAUGUUUGUCGUAGAUGACGAAGUUGGAAGUAAGAGAAAAAUAUCAACCUUAAACAGGUGGCUAAAAAUUAAAAGUGUAAAUGUAGACGAGUUAUGGACCAAAAUUGAUGAAGUUAUUGUCAAGACUAUGGUGGCUGCAUAUCCGACAUUGAAGCACAGCUAUCACACCUGUUUUCCAACUCAUGAUUUGACUUACGCUUGUUUUGAAUUAUUGGGUUUUGACAUUCUUCUCGACUGGAAACUAGAACCGUAUUUAUUAGAAGUUAAUCACUCUCCAAGUUUUCACACCGACGCCCUGAUAGACAGAGAUGUAAAAGAGGGGUUGUUGAUGGAUACAUUUGAAUUGUUAAAUCUACAAUUAUGUGACAAGAAAAAAGUAAUGGAGGAGGAUAAAAAACGAAUCAGAGAAAGAUUGUUUCAAGGAAUCAACAAUAAUAAAGAGACUAAUUUAAAUGAAACUACGAUGGACCAAGUAAAAAUUGAAAAGGACCCAAUUCAAGUUCAACAGAAAUGGGAGGACGAACAUAUGGGUAAUUUUCGACGAGUUUACCCUGGACCAGAGUGUGAGAAAUAUGAUCCGUUCUUCAAACAAACUGCCGGGUCAAUGUUUCAAGAUACAGCGGCUUCAAGAGCCCGAGAAGAUGCUUCAAAACUUCAGCGAGAAGAAACUGACAUGAGAAUAAAGGAGCAAGAGAAUAAAAGAGUCGGUGGAAAAUGGAAUGAAUAUAAAGUGAGACCAGAAAGUCCAAGGUCGAAAAAACUAAAUUGCGUAGAAGAAAGGAUAAAAUCGGUACCAUUAACGAAAAAGCCCUGGCCGAUUAAAAAGUCAACGCCGCCGCGGUCCCCUUUCAUUCAUAAUAAUCUUUCCUCUUUUCAACCGGAAAUUAUAUCUGAAUCAGAGGAAAGGGAACGCGUUGCUGCAAUGAUCCAAAGAGAUUUUCUGAUCAAAAGUUAUGGAAUAUUAGAACAAAUCUAUAUAUCAAUGAAAAAGAAUGGCGUGCUGCGAACCACUGAUGAAAGGAAAUAUGCGCUCUAUGGUAAACUGGGACGUGUUAACGAAAUUAUGAGCAAUAAUGUAACACAGAAACCAGAUACUUCCUAUCAAACCGAGAUUUCAGUAGUAAAAUCAAAAUACACGAAUUUCACGAAUGAAACAUCACGGUAUAAUCUAAAGACUUAAAAGUAAACUGCAAUGCCGCCAGACUGCAAGCCCCCGAAAAAAGAGAUAUAACUAGACUUCUGUAAAAUUAAAUAGUUAGAAUGUUUGAACUUUAAAUAAUUAAAUCUUUAUUUUCAAGUUCGACUUCAGAUUUUUUUUCAUUUCCUAACUGCAGAAUUUUUCUGUAAACUUUAAAACAUUCUUAGCAAUUGAAAAAUCUUCUUUGACUUAGAAUUUGAUACAUUCUUGCCCAAAGAAUAAAAAAAAGCUAUCUCCAAGUGAGAGCGCAAUUGAAAACACAAUAUAUGGAUGUAUUAUGUAAUAACAAAUUUUAUUGCCGAUAUAUAUUUUUGUAUUCACAUGAUAAAAAAUAAACUAUGAACAAUUUUUUAUUUCCAUGCUGUGAUUAAGCCGUGUUUGUAGUUCCUCUACUAUCCUUUAUAAUAUUUUUUCAUUAUUUCGUUACUGACACUUUCGCCAAUUCAUGAGCCAUUGUAAUACACAAGAAAAAUCGACAAAUUAAGAAAAGCAGAAGACACAAAGAAUCUUGAGAAGAACUUAACACCAAACUAAAAGAGAAGAAGAGGGACACUUUCGUGCAUUACGUGUGAUAACAUUAUUUUUAUAGUUAAAUAUAAAAGUCUUAUAAUUUACAAGUGAAAUAAAGUGUUUUAUAUGUACAUCAGCGAAUUUUGUUGCAGCAGCGUCGCUUACAUUUAUUUUCAAUUUCCUGGCCUUAGUUUCAGA